AUGAACAACGAGCAGCGCACCACCCUCCUGGUUAGGCACGGCAUCGAGAUUCUCGGCCCGAUCGAGAAGGGGUACGAGCAGGUCCUUACCGUCGAUGCCCUCGUCUUCGUUGCCGAGCUGCACAAGCGAUUCGACGCUCGCCGUCGGACUCUUCUUGCUGCCCGCGAUGAGCGUCAGUCGAGGAUCGAUGCCGGCGAGAUGCCCGAUUUCCUCCACGAGACCCGACACAUAAGAGAGUCGGAAUGGAGGUGUGGCAGCAUCCCGGAAGAUCUGAAGGAUAGGCGCGUGGAGAUCACCGGCCCGGUCGACCGCAAGAUGAUCAUCAACGCUCUCAACUCGGGUGCCAAGGUCUUCAUGGCUGACUUUGAGGACUCCUCUACGCCCACCUGGGAGAACGGCAUCACCGGCCAGAUCAACCUCUACGACGCCAUCCGGAGGACGAUCAGCAUGAAGGUCGGCGAGCGCGAGUACAAGCUCAAGAACCAGACCGCCACCCUCAUGGUCCGCCCUCGCGGCUGGCACCUCGAUGAGGCCCACGUUCUCGUCCACGGCAAGCCUGUGUCGGGUUCGCUGUUCGACUUUGGUCUCUAUAUUUACCACAACGGCCACGCGCUGCUGAGCCGCGGCUCGGGUCCGUACUUCUACCUGCCCAAGAUGGAGAGCCACCUGGAGGCGCGCCUGUGGGCCGACGCCUUCCGCUACGCCGAGCAGCGCCUGGACAUUCCCCACGGCUCCAUCAAGGCCACCGUGCUCAUCGAGACUAUCCUGGCCGCGUUUGAGAUGGACGAGAUCCUCUACGAGCUCCGCGACCACAGCGCCGGCCUCAACUGCGGCCGCUGGGACUACAUUUUCUCCACCAUCAAGAAGUUCAUCAACCACAAGGAUGCUGUGUUCCCCGACCGCGCUCUGUGCACGAUGCGUUCGCACAUGAUGGCGUCCUACGUCGACCUGCUGAUCAAGACCUGCCACAGGCGAGGCAUCUUCGCCAUGGGUGGCAUGGCUGCCCAGAUCCCCAUCAGAAACGACAACGCCGCCAACCAGGCUGCCCUCGCCAAGGUUCGUGAUGACAAGCUGAGGGAGGUGAAGGCCGGACACGACGGCACCUGGGUGGCUCACCCCGACCUCAUCCCGAUCGCCAUGGAGAUCUUCAACGAGCACAUGAAGACCCCCAACCAGAUCCACGUGAGGAGGGACGACGUGCGCGUGACCUCCGACGAUCUUCUCAAGUUCCCCAAGGGCGACAUCACCCUGAACGGCCUGCGGGACAACGUGCGCGUGUGCCUGGUGUACCUGCGCGCCUGGCUCUCCGGCCGCGGCUGCGUGCCCAUCAACAACCUCAUGGAGGACUUGGCCACCGCCGAAAUCGGCCGAUCGCAGGUCGCGCAGUGGAUCCGCCACGGCGUGAAGACGACCGACGGGACGCAGGUGACGAUCUCGCUGGCGCUGAAGAUCUUGAAGGAGGAGACGGACGCCCUCCGCGGCUCCACCCCGGCCUCCAAGACGCCCUCGGGCGCGGCCGACAGCCUCGCGCUGGCCCACGACAUCUUCGCCAAGGUCAUCGUGGCCGCGCCCGCCACCUUCUACGACUUCUUCCCGACCCUCGCCUACCAGCACAUCCUCACCCUCCAGCCUCCCUUCCACCCGCGCUUCUAG